CUCUUGGCACCGAAUAACUUCCUGUUGAUGCAGUGGUGGCCCGUACUAACUACUAAGGUACAUAAAUGAGAAAAGCUGUAGAAACGAUACACGUAAAGCCUCCUCCAAUAACGCAAAAAGCUUCCUACAAUUUACGGUGGCUGGAAGCUGAAGGCCGCGAUGUUAAUCUAUCAGGAAUUGCAGUUAACUCCAAAGGAGAAAUCGCCGUGUGUGACCAAGGAUGCGACCGUCUGAUCAUUUUGAACGAAGAUGGAACAUUCAAAGAAACAAUCGGCAGUAGUGGAACAGAAAAAGGUAAUUUAUCGUUACCUGAUGGAAUAGUGUACAACAAAAGCGACCAUUUGUUGGUUUCUGAUUAUGGAAACCAUCGUAUUCAACUGUACGAUUGUAGAGCUGGUAAAUUUUGUUUUUCAUUCGGAUCUGGCGGGACAGCUGAUGGACAGUUAAGCUUUCCUUGUGGCUUGUCAAUAGACGAACAUGAAAAUAUAAUUGUUAGCGACUGGGGUAACAAGCGAGUUCAAAUUUUCGAUGAACGAGGAAAUUUCAAGUUUAAAUUUUCAAGUCAGGCUAUUUUGGGGAAGACAUCAUGGGGAUGUCGUGACUCGUCGGGCAUAAGCGAGCCACAACAUUGUGUAGCUUUUAAAAACUCAUACUUC